UUCUGCCCGUAGCUUUCUCUUGCUAGUAUGAUUUUGUUGUCGUUUCCACUGAGCCUGCAUGAAAGUGAACUUAAUUGUUGAGUGAAAAGUUUUUGCCUUUUGUGAGGACGUCUGCUGUAAGUCAGCCAUGAGCUCCAGUCUUGUCAACUCUUUAGCCAAAGUCUACGAUCCAAACCCUCUUCAUGGUCAGAAGCCUGGUGGAAGGAAGCUCUCUCUUAAUGGAUCGGACAAGACCCAAGCUUCAUCAUCUUCACCAUCACCUUCCCCCCUUCAUGACGCCGCCCUGCACUGCGUGGAGACCCGAAUGGACUCCCUGAGCUCUCAGAUGGAGCGCUUGCUCAACAUGCAGCAGACCGUCUUGACCCGUCUGGACGGCCUGUCCCAGGAUGUCCGAGGCAUGGGUCGGGAUCUGGCCUCCAUGCAUGAAGACGGCCACGGGGGGAGACGUGGGUCGGGAGUCAAGGUGUGCAGGGAGCUGCGCGGGACCGUGGAGAGGGUCAGCGAGCGGGUAGAGAGUCAGGGACGCAGGCUGGAAGGGGUGGAGAAGCUGGUGGAGGGCACCCAGCAGGUGAUCAGCUUCAUUGGCGAGGUGGUGAAGAGCUCCAGGCUGGUGGAGCUGUUGUUUAAACAGCCUGGAAACAAGGCUAACAAGAAGGCAAAGGAUGACAAGGAUAAAGCCAAACUGAGCCUGAAGGGCUUGAAGGCCCAGAAGAAGAGGAGACCCCAAGACACGUCAGACACAUCCUCGCUGACUGAACCUGUGCUGCAGAAACAAGUGGAGAAGCUCAACAGGCAGAACACUGAGCAUUCCCAUGGAACUGCAGAGGCUGACAAUCAGAGAGGGGAGGACAGGGGAAGUGGAGGAAGAAGACAGGAGCCGGCAGAGCUGAUCCUGGACGGACCACACACCUCCACCGCCCGGUCAGAGGAGAGGAAGAAGCCAGCCAAGGAGAAAGAGGAGGGGGAGGGGGAUGUCUUUGAGGACUCAGAGUCAGAGGAAGAGGAAAAGGUGGAAGAUGUUAGUCCAGGAGAGGCUGGACAAGUGGAGGAUGAUGGGAAGAGGAAGCAUAAAGGAGAGGCAGAAGAGUCUUCAAAAUCAGAAACAGCAUCAAGCGUCAUCCCAGAUAUCUGCAAGACCUCCCUCCUACCACAGGACAGCUCUGAGGAGGUCGGCGAUGUGGCCACUUGCAGCAAACGUCGAGUCACGGAGGAAGACCUGGUGAAGGACGACCUCAAGAAGAGCAGAGUGGAAGACAGUAAAGUGGAAAAUGCCGACGGACGGGUGGCGGAGGGGGACGAGCCACAGGCCUCCAGAUCUGACGAAGGAAAGACAGAGGUGGAAGAGGAGGGGAAGGAGGGUGAGGCGGCAGCGAAGGAAUUUAUCAUCGACUCAAGCCCUCCGCCGUUAGCACCUUUCGAUCACCGCAUCGUGACUCCCAAACCCCAUCAGAUAGCCACCUAUUACACUAUCAACAGGGACGAGGUCCUGGGAGGGGGGCGUUUUGGACAAGUCCACAAGUGCAUGGAGAACUCGUCUGGUCUGACGUUGGCUGCCAAGAUCAUCAAAGCCAAGAGCCAGAAAGAGAAGGAGGUGGUGAGGAAUGAGAUCCAGGUGAUGAACCAGCUGAACCACGCCAACCUCAUCCAGCUCUACGCCGCCUUUGAGUCACGCAAUGACAUCAUCCUGGUCAUGGAAUAUGUGGAGGGAGGAGAGCUGUUUGACCGCAUCAUUGAUGAGAACUACAACCUAACAGAACUGGACACGGUGCUGUUUAUACGCCAGAUCUGUGAAGGGCUGCAGUACAUGCACAAGAUGUACAUCCUACAUCUGGACCUCAAGCCAGAGAACAUUCUUUGUGUCAGCAGAGCUACUAACAAGAUUAAAAUCAUCGACUUUGGCCUGGCCAGGAGGUAUAAACCCAGGGAGAAGUUGAGGGUCAACUUUGGAACGCCUGAAUUUUUAGCUCCUGAAGUCAUCAACUAUGAGUUUGUUUCAUUCCCCACAGACAUGUGGAGCCUCGGCGUCAUCACUUACAUGCUGCUCAGUGGCUUGUCUCCCUUUCUGGGGGAUGACGACAACGAGACACUGAACAACAUCCUGGCCUGUCAGUGGAACUUUGAGGAGGAGGAGUUUACGGACAUCUCUGACGAGGCCAAAGACUUCAUCACCCGCCUGCUGGUGAAGAGUAAGAGCUGGAGGAUGAGCGCAGCAGAGUCCCUCAGACACCCCUGGCUGUCAGACCGGAGUCUGCACUAUCGGCUAAAUCAGAAGAAAAACAAGUGCCACUCCACACAUGCUCCUUCUCCAGAGAGCUAGACAGAAACACUGUGAGGCCCUCAGCAUGCCUUCUGACAAUGUGUGGCCCUGGAGCCAAACACUGGACCAAUGCUGCUAUACCUGUAUGGCUGCUGGAAAACUACUCUCUGCUUGGCAUCCUUACUUUAGCUUAGCUCCACAGCUGGUAGUUCUGACCCGAAUAGUGAUAGAGAAGCCUGCAGGAAAUAAAGAGACUUUUUAAAGGCUGCCUUCGAGGCCCAAACCACCUGUUAGCAUGCUAACUGUCCCAUAGAGCACAAACACCAGACUGAACCAGUGAGGACCUUCUAGCUCUGUGGUGAGUUACUGUAGCUGCCAAAGUCAAAGAGCCACCGGUAUCACAAUAGGGAAUCACAGCAAAGUGUUAGACACUAAAAGCCUGAAUCGCUUGUCACUUCUACAACUUCCACGUGUAUCACUGAAAAAACCUGUAACUCAUCGGUUUAGCAUCAAACAGACACUGUUGUUCUCCCUCUGCCAGUGAUCAGUUUGACAUGUCGUCCUGGUUUGUUGCAUGCUUUGCACUUUUUGGCCUAUUUCUUCAAGAUUAAGCAAACAACUUUAAACAAAAUGUAGAGUGAAUGCUGUUAUUUAAAUGAUAUAUUUUUGUGAAUACUGAUUUUCUUUCUUUCUUUUCAUUUACAAGUCUUAUGAAAUGUUAAUCUGUCGCGAAACAUAAAGUAAAAAUAGGUGUAGAACUUGGUUGAAGUUGAAGUCACACCACAGUAAUUUAUUUUGUAUAUAACCCAACACUGCAUACGCUCAUUCCCCUGAAAAGUGAGAGUUUCUCAGUGGCUGAAUACUUCCCGGUUUGUGCCAUAUUCAGCCCACAUUUCUGGUAUAUUUCCUGUAGAAUGGAUUUCCUUCUGGACGCGUUCAUGCCACUAGCUCGCCUUUGCUUCGGCAGUUUGGAGUAGCCCUCUCACCUUCCAUGAAGGCAUAACGAACAACAGAAUACUACCUAUGAACGAUUCAUGUUUAUGACUGAAGUGGGUUCUUAUGUUCAUUUAUUUACUGGUUCAACACCAGACUGUACUUGAAGUGCAAAGCUUUGGUUUAAGAUGGGGUUAUUUUCAGGGGAGACAAGCAGGCCUUCACUCAGUUAUGCACAUCCUACAUGUGUAGAUGCACAGUUCAGCUCGAUGGAAAGCCAUUAACAGCGCAGAGAAGUGCUUUAUUGUCCCAUUCUCUCUAAGAGAAUGGAAGCUGGAUGAAUUUUCUUCACUCAGUUGUUGGCUGUUCCAUUUGGAAAUGGAAAAGCUUUGUGAUUUUGAAUACUUGUUUAUUUGAAUUUAUGAUACUUUUUUUCAAGUUUUCUUGUGCAAUGAUGAGACAUAA